AUGUUGAUCGCCCGACGAUUCCAUAUCCGGCGCUCACCGGUGCCGAUUCCAACGCUCUUGUUUGAUUCCAUUUCGGGACCGGACUUCCGUACGAGUCGCGCACCGCUCAUCAAGCGCCGUUUCACCGUUGGGACUGCGGCAGACCCUUAUACACUCAAGACCAUCGGGGGAUUUGACACGUUCGUGCUUCAGCCAAAUAGACGAUUUCCCGGAAAAUCAAUCGUCUUCCUGGUGGAUUUCCAAAGUCUUGCACUGCCUGCUGUCGCAGGACUGGCUGAGCGAUGCGCAGAGAAUGGCUUCACCUGCUAUAUCCCAGUCUUGGAUCAACGGAGCUUGAGAAUCCCGCCGUGGUUGCAACGGAUCCUCCGCCGGAACGAUCCCGAUUUCCAGAUGAAUGGUCUGCUGCUACAGUGUUAUAUCUUCGUGGCCGGUGGGUUGAGGCUACUGAGGUUCACGAGAGCGUUGCGCAAUAUCCCUGGAACUACAAGCGUUGGUAUGGUGGGGCUUGGUCACUUUUCUUACCACGCCGCAGCCGCUGCCUUUAUGCCACCACGUAAGGGUCUGACUCCCGAUGCAACCUUUUUAUGCACUCCGGAUUUUGGCGUUCCUGAGGCAGCGGCCUGGUGCUUACGGAGUUACAAGGUUCCGGUUUGCGUCAUGACCAACAAAGAACGGAAGCCGUCUGGAGUUGAAGAAAGGCACAGCUACCCAGCGCUAAAGUUCCACAUGGUUGAUGCAGCUGAACCGGAUGAACAAGCUGCGGCUCUAGAUGGAUUCUGGGGGCUUCCUGCAAGGGACAUUGAGCAGGCGGUAGUUCGGUGGUUCAAGGAGCAUCUGUAA